AUGGCCCGCACCAAGCAGACAGCUCGUAAGUCGACUGGCGGCAAGGCGCCCCGCAAGCAGCUCGCGACCAAGGCCGCUCGUAAGACGCCGGCAACGGGUGGUGUGAAGAAGCCUCACCGCUACAGGCCCGGAACUGUUGCUUUGCGUGAGAUCCGCAAGUACCAGAAGAGCACGGAGCUGCUGAUUCGCAAGCUCCCCUUCCAGCGGCUGGUCCGUGAGAUCGCUCAGGACUUCAAGACGGAUCUUCGUUUCCAGAGCCAGGCGGUGCUGGCGUUGCAGGAGGCCGCUGAGGCGUACCUGGUGGGCCUGUUCGAGGAUACCAACCUGUGCGCUAUCCAUGCCAAGCGCGUCACCAUCAUGCCCAAGGACAUCCAGCUGGCUCGCCGCAUCCGUGGCGAGCGCGCAUAA